CGCUUAAAGUGAAAUUAAUGGUGAGGCGACCACAUUCACAGCUCGUCGAGCAGGGAAUUAUACCGCCUCUCAAAACUUCACCUGCUAUACAUGAGCAAUGCAAACAAUUAGAACGAGCUAAAACUAGUGAUUUAUUAAAGGCAAAAAUUCAACAGCGUCCUAAUCGUGAAGAUUUGGAACGGCGUCAUAUACUGGAAGAAGAUGAGUGUCAUAUUGAUCCCAGUUUGGCUGAGAAGCAACGUAUGCUUAAGAAAGCACGUUUGGCUGAUCAACUUAACUCGCAAAUACAGCAUCGUCCUGGUCCACUAGAACUUAUAAAGAAGAAUAUACUACACACUGAGAAACCAAUUGAAAAAAUUGUUAAAGAAGGUUUGGUUUCAUUUAAAGCUACUAGUGAGGGCUUGCUUACACUACCACAGCAUCCAAACAGCUAUGUUACAUUCGAAGAUGAUUCACAAAGUUCAGAGAGUGACACACGUUUGACGCCUCCACGUGCAGAGGAUGUAGCAACCGUGCUUGUUAGUAAUAGUAGUGAUGUGCUUCAGACUGCCGCCGCUUCAGCUGGUAUUGUGACGGUGGCAUUAACCAUACCAACUAGUGGUGGACCAGUUGUAGUUACAUCAGCACCUAUAUUGCAAACUAAAUAUCAAACAACUAAAACAACUAAAACAACUAAAACUCCAUAUGUACCACCACCGCCACCAUUACCACCAACAUUGAGUAAUAAUAUUGCGCCAUUGCCAGUUGUACAAAUAAAACAGGAAACUUCAAAUCUUUUCGAAGAGCUUUGUCACUCAGUAACAGCACCAAUAACAAGUCCAGCUAAUAAUUUUCUACAAAUGGUAGCUUCACCAGGAUCACUGGGUUCAACGACUUCCACAUUAAGUCCAUUGUCUUCCAUUGCGUCGCCACCGCAAUCAUUUACACCACGACCAACAAUACCAUCGCCUGCUCUACAAACACAAUUUGCAAAAUCUGAUGCACCUGGCAAAGAUAAAAAUCGUAAAAAAUCCAAAUCAAAACCAGCUUCCAAAGCAAGAACUAUUAAAUUUCAUGAGUAUAAAGGUCCGCCUAGUGCCGCUCAAAAAUCCAAUGCUGAAAAUGCAUCGCUUGAAGAAACUCCAUAUCAACUGUUAUUGGAUCAACAGAAGUGUUUACUUAAAUUCUUAGAGACACUAAAUAACAAUCAAUUGAUAAUACCAGCUAGCUCAACAACAAACACACCUACAAAUAAUGCGCUAGUUACUGUUACUAAAUCGGUUUUCUCCGCUACACCAACAAAUACAACAACCGUAAACACGUUGUCUGCACCAGCAUUAGCAACUCCUAUCGGCACAUCGUCAAACAAUUCAAAUGAGGUCAUUAAUAAUAUACCGAAUUCUGUUAAUACAACAUUUAACAUUAUAGCCACACCACGUCCGCCACCCUUGCCAUCGCCUGCUCUAUCCGUUAGUUCAUCUAUACCGCCGAGUCCAGCAACAAGCUAUGCUGAAUCAACUUGCUCACUAACAGAUUUUACGAGAUUAGAAAAGAUGAAAGUAUCUGAUUUAAAAAUGCACCUUAAACGACGCAACUUGCCAGUGUCUGGCCCAAAACCUCAAUUAAUUGAACGUUUAAAACCUUAUUUGCCACUCGAAACAACUGAAACCGUGCUUGUAACAAAUCCACCAAUGACUCCAGCGCCUGGCGAUGUCAUUACUAUUACUCCAGUAGAAGCUAUGGAUGCAACUGCUACAGCAAUACCAGAAGCAUCGACCGCAAUGGUUGUUAAUUCACCACAGCCCGCUGGCAUGUCGCCAGAACGUAUCAAUAUGGAUCACGAACAAAUGGAUGUGGUGCAACAGGUUGAUUCACCACGACCAGUGACUUUACAGACUGUCAUACAACCCCAGCCCCAAACAGCAACAAUUAUACUUUCAAAUGAAGACCUUUUACGUGAACAGCAGAGAAAAAUUGAUGAAUUACAACGUCAGCUACAACGCUCACAACAAGAGUUGCAACAAAUACGCCAGAAACAAUUUCAGCAACAGCAACAACAUCAGCAACAGCAGCAGCAAAAACAACAGCAACAACAAACGGUCACUGCGCAAAUGGUAAAUGCUUUACCAACGCAACAAAUUACAUUGAUAACCACAACUGCAGCACCACCACAAACACUCACAGUUGUGCCACAAAUAAAACAGGAAACAGUUGUUCCUGCUAAGGUAACUGUUAAGGCACAACCGAACAAUAAAGUCAACGCUGUACCGACAACUAUAAUACAAAACAAUCACACAAACAAUAGCAUUAAGACCGCAGUUAAUCCACCACCGGUCUUAAGCCAAAAAAUGGUAGUUAAACAGCAGCUUGAAGCAAAGAUACAAAAACAAAAGCAAGCUGCAGCAGCAGCUGCCGCUCAAGCACAAGCUCAAGCCCAAGCUCAGGCUCAGGCACAAGCCCAAGCACUGGCUCAAGUGCAAGCACAAGCUCUGGCACAAGCGCAGGCACAGCUACGCUUGUACACACAAAAGACACAAACUGUAUUCAUUCCAACCAAUCCAAAUGCAAGUGCAACUGUAACCACAGCUAAAGCCGCAAAGCUCGAGGAUAAAAUACCUCCAGUAAACCGAAAGAAUUCCAUAAAAACGGUUAACGCUCCAACAACCACAAUACUGACUACAAAUCAAAUACCAUUAGCAGCCAAAACACACAAUAAUUUAGGACUCGUCUGGAACGAAGGUAAUCAGACUAUAUUUCUGGUGGGACUCAAUGAUCAACAUAUGACUGCUCAUACUAUUGGUAAUAUAAGUUUAGCUAAUGCAAGUCCUGCUACAAAGAAACUUUUGAACGGACAUCAGCGCUCUAAUUCCAUGCCGAAGAUUGUGUUUCCAAUUGCAACUACUACGGCUCCGGAUCAGAUCAUAGAAACUAAACCGGUCAUUACACAACAUCAGUUGCAACAAUUGCAAUUACAACAUCAACAACAACAAUUCCAGUUAUUACAGCAACAACCACAGAAGCAGCAACAGCAAAUAAUACAACUUGACAUUAAACCACAAAAUUUACCACCUCCUCCGCCACCGCCACCACAAUAUGAAGAAGCUACGAAGCAACUAGCUGCUAAAGCCAACACAUUUACGUCGCCACUUAACAUCAAAAUUAAGGAAGAACCUAACGCAAGUACAGCGACAGUAACAACACAAACGACAAGAAAAAAUAAAAAUAAUGUUAAAUCUGAAAAAUUAACAGAGGUCUUGGAUGUACUAAUUAAACAGGGUGAGUUACCGGAGAGUGCUUUGGAGCCCAUCACACCGAUAACUCCAUUAACACCAACUGGUACCAACACACUUAUGACUGACUUAAGUGGGAAUAUAAUAUUCACUACUACUAAUACCUGUAACGAACCCAAUGAAACAUUGGCAGCAACAGGCAGACUUGUACCGAAAUUGGAGCCACAAACAACUUUACUGGACGAACAAGUAAACAGUCCAACUUUAGUACUUCCAAUGGAUACUACAAGUAAUGAUCAACAGUUACAUAAUGCAGGCAAUGUUUUCCAUAUGUUCGGUAGUGGCAGCACUAGUGGCAAUAGUAAUAGUAACAACGCUUCUAAUGGUGUCAGCCACAAUUACGCUGGCAUAAAUACGCCAAUUCACUCAUCGCCUGCUAACAAUUUUAUUGAAAAUAUAGAUAUGACCUCACCAUUACAACCUGACUGUCAUAUUGAUGCAGAAAGUGUGGCCAAGUCAUUCGAUGUGUUUCUAGAGCAACAUCACUCUGUUUCAUCCCCAACGCAUUCAAUGCAGUCACCUACACAUCAUGAUUUACUUUGCAAAUCCUCUAGCCUUUCCACAUCCGAAAAAUCAUUUGGUCACAUAAGCCCAGAUACAAAAUUGCAGCACCAUUUCGAUGAAUACGAGCUAUUGGAACUUAUGUCACAACAACUCGAAAUGGACAUCAGUGAUGAGACAACAAACUUUGUCACCGCUAGCAGCAACAGUCGAAAUAAUACACAUCAGUUGCUCCAUUCCAAUGAUACAAAAUCAAAUAAUAAUUCCACAUUGAAUGGUUUACGACGCGAUAUGAAUCCAAGUCUACAACCUUCAAUAAAUGAACUUAUACAACAUCACCAGCAACAACAGCAUCAACAACAGCAGCACCAACAACAACAGCAACAGCAGCAGCAGCAGCAGCAGGGUCAACAACAGCAACUGAUCCAACAAAACAAUAACAAUCGCACUUGUAAUGCUGGUGGUGAUGUAGCCAUAAAUAAUAAUCACUCUAUAUCAGAUGCUGAUUUUGAUGCUGAUAGUUUUGUGGAACAAUUAACUCAAAAUCACAACAAUAUGAACAAUAACCUCGACAACAAUAUAAUCAGCAACAAUGCACCUAGCAUGGGUAUUAGCAAUAGCAGCACCAACAAUAGUAGCAUGGGUAGCAGUAAUAGUAACAGCAAUAAUCCAUAUACAAACGAUACACCAAUGGAUGUUUGUGAUGAUUUCGAUAAUCCAUUGGGUAGUUUCAGCUUUUCUGCGUUAUCGCCAGACUCCAAUAUAAAUACACCACCCCAUCCAUUUGGUACUGGACUAAGUAGUGUCAGUGGUAGUGGUAGUGGCAGUAGUAACUCCACUUGUGGGUUGCAAGCUGUGAUUGGUGGUGCACAGCCACAAUCGAGUUCACAUGAACAAAUGUCGAUUUGUGGUGGUGCUGGAAGUGGUGUGAGCGGAAGCGGAGUGGAUGGCAAUAGUGUAGAUGCUUUCAGUGCUAGUGGCGAUAUUUUUGAUUUCUUUAAUAUUGACGAUUAUAAAAUGUCAUGGGGUGAGGGUGAUUUUGCAGUUUAAAUGGUUAGGUGUGGUAAGGUAUGGUUAGGUGGGUGAGCAAAAAAAUAAAGAAUUUGCGAUGAAUAAGGAUGAGCGAAAGGAAAUGCAUGAAUUGCAUAAAUUACUUUACAAAAAUCAAUAUUGAAAGUUGCAAGUAGUUGCAAAAUAUAAAUACUCGUAGCAGUGAAAAAGGUGAAUAAGUAAAAUAAUAUUGGAAAUUAUAGCUCGAGAAUGGAUAAGAGUAAGAAUUUGAAAGUCGGUCAUUAGUAAGUGGUUUAUUAUGAACGAUUUGUCUGCUAUAGAUUUUGAGAGUAAGUUCUUUAAAAAUUUCAUAUUAUAAAUAUAAAUAUAAAAAUAUGGGUAUACACU